UCCCAUACUCAAAGAAUCUGUUUGCAAUUUUUCAUACAUCAAGUGGUUUAAAUAUUUAUCAAAUUGGAAAUGAUCGAUACACAAAAGUGGGAAAAUUUAAUGAAAAUUUUAAUGAAAUCAAAAAUAUGGCAAUGACCGAUACUUAUGGCCAAUUGAGUCUACUCAUUAACAAAGAACAUCAAAUUGUAACAGUUCCAUUCGAAAUUCAUAUCAAAUUAAUUGAACAACCUAAAGUUAUGGCGAAUGUAACCGCACGCAUGGAGAAUUUGAUAAAUAUUCAAAAAAAGAAUUUACGAAAAAUGAAUGAAUUUUUAAAUCGGAAUUCAAACAAUUAUCAAAAUUUAAAACGAAUUACGAAACAAAUUCAAGAUGAUAUGAUAAACAAUGAAUUGGAAGUUUUAGAAAAACUAAAAGAAAUUCAAACAAGAUUAGAUGAAUUAAACUCAAAACACAUGUUUACACCGAACGAGAAUAGUUUAGCCAUAUCGAAAAAAGUCGUUAUUAAUGGAAAUGUGUCGAUACGAACAAUGAAAACCCAUCACAUAAAUUUAAAAUUCAUAAACACCAUCGAAUGGAACCCACAUAAAUGGUUGUCUCAAGAAACAUCACAAAAUGUUACAUGCGCUACAAAAUUUCAAACAAUUUUCACCAAUAAUUUACAGUUAAACUCGUUUAAAAAUGAUUUAUUUAAUAAUCUAUUAUUACAAAGUGGUAAUCAAGUAAUUAGUGGUUCGAUGGAAUUUCGUCAAAAUUUACAGGCAUUUCAUGUGAAUGUAAAUGUUGUCAAUGGCAUCCCGUUUAAUAAGAUUGUUACAUCGAAAAAUUCGAAUUUAUUAAUUAGUGGGACAAAAUCUUUUCAAAAUUUACAUGUGAAUCGAUUAAAUAUCGUCAAUUGGAAUAAGUUGAACAUCGAAGACACUCCGAAUAAACUCGAUGUUGAUACAAUAUUUAUAUCUUCCGAUUUAAGAGUGACGAAUAAUAUCGAAGUAACGAAUAUCAAUGGAUUACCGUUUAACAAAUUAAUGAGAUCGAUGUUUCUACGAGAUGUUGAUACCGAAAUAAUCGGUAAUUUAAGUUUUGCAGUACCAUUUAUGGCUACACGUAUACAUACCAAUUCAAUAUCGAAUAUUCGAGUUUCGGAGUUGAUGACAACAAAUACAUUACAAAAUAUUUCGACAAAUAUUGUUUUUAAAUCGAUAAAUACACCGAAUAUUCAUUGUCGAACAAUUAAUGGAAUAUCGUUAAGAGAAAAUGCUGCGAAAACAAAUGAAGAUAAUCAAAUUAUUGGACCUGUUAGUACAUUACAUUUAAAUUUAACUGGAAAUUUAAGUUUAAAUGGUGAAUUUGAACAGUUCGAUUGGGCGAAUAACAAUGAAAAUCAUGUGAUCGGAACAGAAGAAUCAGAUUUGUUGCAAAUUUAUACGGAACCAGUUGUAAUACGUGGUAAUUUAGUCUUGAAAAAUUUACAAUAUUUAAACAAAACACGUUUGAAUAUUCAUGGAGCUGUUUGGAAUACAAAUUUUAAAGAUGAUUUUUUACUUAAAAAUACUAACCAGGAAAUUCAAGAAAAUAUUCUAUUUGAACGAGGUUUUACUGUACCAUACUUAGUGGUGAAUAAAAUCAACAAUAUUCCAACAGCGUUGAUUGUAAAUGAUACAUUUAAUGAACAAUUAUGGCCCAUUUUACCCACGCAAUUCUAUUUUAAGCAUUUAAAAAUUUUGGGUAAUCUAACGAUAUAUCCAUUAUUCUAUCAAAAUAUCUUUCAUCAAUCGGACGUUCGUGCUAUGGCAAAGCAGGCCGUAAAAUUGAAUGGAGUGUAUAAAUUAUCUGGACCCAAAAUAUUUAAGGAAAAAUUAUUUAUUAAAAAUUUACAAGUUCAAUAUAUUAACGAUGAGCCCGUUUUGAAAACUUUCAAAAAUAUUUCUGUUUCAAACAUCCACAUAAUGGGAGAUUUAAUAUUGGCAAAUACUUCAUCCACAAAGAUCAAUGAAAUAUCAAAUCCAAAAUUGUACGAUUCAAAUAUUCCAAAACAUUUAAAUAUGGAAAAAAUCCAAUGUAAAAAUAUCCAAAUUGAAAAUUUAAAUGGAUAUCCGCUAGAAAAUUUACUCAAAAUACUCAACAAAGAAUUACCUUUAAAUAAACUGGUCAUUCAUGGUAACGUCUUCGUUAAUAAUUUGACCACGAAACAGAUACAAAAUUUCUCUAUGUCCAACUUUGAUCAGAUUGUACAAAAAAAUGGAACAGUUUUGGUAUCCGGUCGUAAAACAUUUCAAAAUCUAAAAAUUUAUAAUCUGGAGUCGAAUAAUUUGAAUGGAGUUUCAUUCGAGAAUAUGGUAAAGAAUGUAUUAUCUCGUAAACGGCCACAAAACAUUCGUGGCAAAUAUACUUUUACAAAUAUUCGAACACCAUCGAUUAUCACCGAAAAGAUUGACGGAAUUCAAACAGAUCAACUAUUAUCAACUUCGAAUCCCGAAAUGCAAUAUUUCAAUACAUCUUUAUUAAGACUACAUUCUGCGCAUGUGCAAGGCUCAAUUCAUCCAAAAUUGAUCCAUGGAUCAACAGUACCUGAACAUAUACAAGUCUUACAAAAUGUUCCAGCAAUUAAUUGUCGUCAAUUAUUCGUGAACGGAAAUAUUGUGGUACCGGAAGACAGUAAACUUUAUGAAAUGUUAAAUAAUUCAAUACUAUCUGAUAAAGAUUAUUACAUAACUAGUCCAGUCAAUUUUAAAAAUCGUGUUUUGAUACAAAAUUUACAUUCAAAUCGUUAUAUUAAUCGUAUUAAUUUAUCGUCGAUUGAAAAUGAUGCAUUAUUUCGAGAUCGUCAAAAUCAGAUAAUUUCUGGAAUGAUCACCUUCACAAAUAAUUUAUUUGCGAAUUCGAUUCGAGUCUUUAAUGAUUCUCGAAUACCUUUCGUAAAUUAUAUUAAUCUUGAAAAAUUCAAUGAAAAACUUGUUCGAAUUCAGGAUGAAAGACCUAUCAGUGGGGUUAAAACAUUUUUAAACGACAUUUAUUCACGAUCUUUGCAAAUUCCCGAUAAAAUUCAUGGAAUAAAUCCUGAUGUUUUAGUAUCGUACAAGAGAAAUCGUAUAAUACCAUCAACUCAAUUUCAAAAUUUAACAAUUUCUAAUAAUUUAUUUGCUCAUGAGAUCAAUAGAGACAAUUUUACAGAUUUUCUAAAUUCUCGAAUGUUAUUAUCCUCGAAAAUACCUCAAGAUGUCUGGCAGACAUUUCAAUUUGAGAAUAUUAAUUUAUCAGGUCAAGCUGACAUUAUGUCCAUUAACGAUGUUUUACUGGAAAACGUAGUAACUGAUACUGGAAUACAAAAUGUAUUUUCGCCCAAAGAAUUUUCCAAAUCGAUUGAAACCCAAAUGGCUGUAAAUAUUGAUAUUCUCAAUAAUGUACCCAUUAAAGAUGCCUAUCAAUAUGCAAUUUUCACGGAUGAAAAUGCAACUAUUGAUGGAAAUAUUAUGUUCGAUAACACGGUUUUAAUGGACUCAAAUAUUAAGGCGAAUAGUUUAAAUGGAUUAACCUGGAAGCAAUUAAUGGAUAAUAUCCAAAAUAUCAAUAUGAGUGUUCCGGAACUUACAACAAGAGUUCAAUCAAAACUGGAUAAUGGAAUGAAAUUGACUACAAACAUGGCAUCAAGAUAUUUAUAUUUGGAAGAAAUUAUCGGUGUUAUAGAAAUGCCGGAAAUGGAUACAAAAUCAGCAACAAUUGAUUAUUAUCAAAAUACGAUGACUUUCAAUCUAAUUGGAGAGCGAAACGGAAAUGAGUGUCACUUAUCGGCCAAUUGUUCUUGUGCAACACAAUACUCAUUUCAAUUGAAUGAUUUUGGACAAAUUGAGCCCAUAAGUGGCGUUGGUUUUGAACGAGUUUAUCGAUUUGUAAAUGAUGAAAAUUUGAUAAUAAAUGUUAUUACAAACACAAUCAGUUAUCAUGAAUUUUGUCGAUCGAAUAAAAUAGAAAAUGAAAUAUCUCACAUAGUAUGGUUCGAAACAAUGAAUGGACAAAAUCGUGAAGCAAAUAAUAACGAUUUGUUCACAUUCGAUCCAAACCACAUAUCUGGCUAUUUAAGUGACGUAAAAUACUUCCAAAGUCGUGGUGAAAUGUAUAUUGUUCUGGCACGUUUUUACGAUCCACAAAAUAAUUCUCAUGAUAUCGAUUGUCUAGUAUUGAAAUUAUCAACACAAACACAAAAUACAACUCUUAUUCAGACAAUUCGAGGUUAUGGUGCCUCAACUUUAGAGAUUUUAGGAACAGAUCAAGGAAUUGUUUUGGUUAUUGGAAAUACACAAUAUGUUAACGAUCAUACGAAACGUAUCGAUAGUGGUAUUUAUCGAUUUAGUGAAAUUGAUGAACAGUUUCAAUUACUUCGGAAUGUGUCAAGUCGAAAUGGCAUUACUGGCAUAUCAAGUGAAAAUUUAAAUAAUGGCCAAAGUGUAAUAAUAUUUGCACAAAGUGAAUCGAAUUUAGCUGUCUACAAAUAUCAUCGAAAAUUUGAUAACUAUUAUUUUUAUCAAUUCAUUAAUUUGGAAUCGGAAACCAUACAUGCAAAUUUAUUUUAUUUAGGAGAACCACAAAAGAGCGAUUUAUUUUUAACGAUUGUCACGAAUGAUUCAAAAUUUUCACUAUACAAAUAUAAUUAUAUGGAAGGUUUUCGUUUGGAAACGAUUGGCGAUUUAGAAAAUUAUUUGUAA